UCUCUCUCUCUCUCUCUCUCUCUCUCUCUCUCUCUCUCUCUGUAUCUUCAAUCGCGUUUUUUAUACCCCACGAAUCCUUCUUUAACCCUAGUUGAUCACUCCUCUCGGAUCUAAUCCGAGUAUUUUGUAGUUGUUAUUAUGGAUUCUAGUCGUCGCCGGGAUCCAAUUGUAGAUUUCGAUCUUUUGCUGUGUCGUUUUGCUCUUUUUGAUUGUGAUUCCUGUGAGAUCUGUAGUCAAUUUAGUGUCUUUGAUGCUUUGUUAGGUAUAGGAGCUUUAUUAUGAAUCUAAUUGUUGUAAGUGUUUCGAAUUAUUAGCAAUUCGCUGUUUUUUUUUUGUUUUGCUUUUUGGUGACUAAAUGAUGCGCGUUCGAGAAUGCUGUUGUUGUUCUUCAGUAAUUAGUGUUUUUAAUGCGUGGAAUAUUCUACUUUGGGGAAUCUUGUGUAGAUUGGAGAAGGGAGACGUGGGCAUCACUUUAGUGUGGCGAUUUACAAAGGGAUCUUAUUCCCUUCUAGUGGUAAGAAAUUCGCAAGAAAAAAAAAGUGCUUUUUUUGUGCUUUAGAGGAGUAAAGUGUUGCUUUAGUUGAUUCUACUCUAUGCUUUAACUUUUCCUUUUGCUGGGUUGCGCCUUUUGAGUUUGUUAUGGUCGCUUUAUGUGCUGUAGUAACUCGCAUUUACUUGGUUUGCUGGGAAAAACUAGUAGGAAAGGAAGAGUGUUUUUCUAUAUUUUGUUGAUUGUAAUCUCUACAGCUAUAUUCUUGGAGUUAUGUCUCAAUUCUAUAGCUGUGAUGGGGAAGUGUAAUAUUUAGGAUCAUGUUUGGAAGGCUUCAUCGUCUUUCAAGGUGCUUCACGUAGAAGAUGUUGGAGCUUAGAGAUGGAAGAGGUAAGUAGGAUAGAUAUGAGCGAACACAAUAUGAGUAGAUUGGAUAAUGUAAACAGCAGAAAAUUUUGCAUAAUCGCCUUCUCCGUUUUAUUUGUUACGCUAUUAUCUCAAGUGAAAUCUCUCCUUGAUACCCUGAUUUCUCUUUCUUUGUCUGGUUAUUCAAGAAUUUCUAAUAGUAUUUCAAGCUACUUUGCUGUGAUUCCCAUUAGAUAAGGACUAGGUUUGUCUGAAGGUUUGUACUUUGUAGAGAUGAAAUUAUGUUCCAGGGGGAACCAGAAAUUGGUGCUGUGCGCUGUACUAAUUUACUUUCUUAGUAACCUUUCAAACAUAUUGCGACUGAUCAUUUUGCGAAUUUGGUCUAAAGUUAUUAGGAUAUAACUUUUCUAAUCGGAAAUUUAGCAGGUAAAAAGUUUUGCAUAACAGAAUGCUUCGUGAGGGUAUUGUUUCUAGACAUGUAGUCAUUAAGUUGCUUACCAAAAGAAUUAUUGUACAGGUGCUUUCAUUUGCUAGCUCUUCGACUUAGCGCCGUCUUUUUAUAUGCAAGGUUUUCCCAUUAUGUAAUUUGAAAUUUAAGGUUUAUUCAAUCUCAAGAAUGGAUGGUUCAAUGGUAUCAAGCUUUUGGGGCCCAGUUACAUCCACGAUUGAGUUGUGUGAGGAGAACUAUGCACGUUCCUCGUAUAUUGCAGAAUUUUAUAAUACCCUAUCAAAUAUUCCUUGCAUUAUUCUGGCACUAGUUGGCCUUAUAAAUGCCCUGCGGCAACGAUUUGAGAAGCGGUUUAGCGUCCUUCAUAUAUCCAAUAUGAUACUCGCAACUGGGAGCAUGAUAUUCCACGCCACAUUACAACAUGUACUACAGCAAAGUGAUGAGACACCAAUGGUAUGGGAAAUGCUAUUAUACAUAUACGUACUUUACUCACCGGAUUGGCACUAUAGAAGCACCAUGCCCACUUUCCUCUUCCUUUACGGCGCUGCCUUUGCAGUCGCCCAUGCUCUAUUCCAUUUCCGAAUAGUAUUCAAAUUACACUACAUCGCCUUGUGCCUUCUCUGCAUUCCGCGCAUGUACAAGUACUACAUACAAACCAGAGACGCAGCCGCAAAGAGGCUCGCCAAGCUCUAUGUGGCGACAAUAAGUCUUGGAACUCUAUUUUGGUUAUUCGAUCGCAUAUGUUGCAAGAAAUUCUCUAAAUGGUACUUUAACCCGCAAGGCCAUGCAUGGUGGCAUGUUUUGAUGGGCUUCAACUCAUACUUUGCGAACACUUUUCUCAUGUUUUGUCGGGCUCAGCAACUCGGAUGGGAGCCCAAGGUAGUAUAUCUUUUUGGGAUCUUCCCUUAUGUUAAGGUUCAUAAGCCAAAGAAGCAGGAGUGAGGAGGAAAAUGCGCUUGCGAGAAAAAACACUUCAUCAUAAGCUGUUUCAGAUGAUGGUUAUCUUCUGUUUAAUCUCGAAGCGUGAAAGCGGAUACAUUUUGUAUGUGGAUGGUCGAGUGAUGCUGACAAUUAAGGGGUUUUUUUUUUUUUCCUUUUUUAAACUGAUUUCUUACUAGUUUUUGAGUAGAACAAACUUGCAGUUGCAGUGUACCAUAAUUUUUUCAAUCUGUGGAGAUGAGCUGGACUCUCGACCUUUCUAUUUUUUUUUUUUUUUGGUUUUUCGCACGAUAAUCUUUUGGUUGUAGAUCUGGUAUUGAAUUGAUCUCUUUAUAUUCACUGAAUCUGAUAAAACCAUUGAUUGAUCUCUUUA